AUGCCCAUAAAAACCGUCGUGAGGUUGUGCCAAGUCGACCAAAACAAGAAGACGAUGACGAAGGGUCGGAAACCAUCGCCGGAGGUCGGAAUUCAGGUGCAGGAGUCCAAGAUCACGGCCGAUUCUCCCACCAUGAACGGCUCGCUCGUGCCGAUCUCAUCAGGUUUGGGUGAGAAGAUCCGCCGAAAAGCCCAUGCAGCAAAUGCAAUCCUCCGCUUCCUAUGCCUCCUCUCCUCCACCACAUCUCUAUCUUUCAUGCUCCAAGCUGAGCAGACUGCAAACAUAUCCAUGUCCGGCUUCAACCUUCCAAUUCAAACCAAAUGGUCGUAUUCCAACUCCUUCGAGUUUCUCGUCGCAGUGUCUGCUGCCGUCGCGGCGCACUCUCUUAUACAACUGGCGCUGAGCAUUGUGAAGCUGAUAAACAAGUCGCUACCGACACCUUCACGGCGUCACACCUGGAUAUUAUUCGCUGGGGAUCAGAUCUUCGCUUAUGUGAUGAUGAGUGCAGGAUCGGCGUCGGCUGGAGUGACUAACCCUAAUCGGAUGGGAAUCCAGUGGAACUUCACUAUACCCAACUUCUGCAAGCCGUUGGAUCGUUUCUGUAACCAUGUAGGAGUUUCAAUCUCUUCGGCUUUCUUCAGCUGUUUCUUGCUUGCUUCCUCUGCUCUUCUUGAUGUGCUUUUGCUCUCUAAGCCCUGA